AUGAAGUUCCUCGCUCUUCUCACCACCGCUGGCUUGGCCACUGCCCUCCCCGCUGUCAGGCCCAACGUCCAGGAGCGGGCCGAGAAUGCCGCCCAGGACUUUGCCUCGCGCACCGACCUCGAAGACGGCGCUGCUGGCAGCUGCCCGGAGGUCAUCUUCAUCUUUGCCCGGGCCUCGACGGAGCCUGGUAACAUGGGCAUCUCCGCGGGCCCCAACGUCUCCAACGCCCUAACCAACGCCUACCCCAACAACCUCUGGGUGCAAGGCGUCGGCGAGCCCUACAGCGCCGGCCUAGCCGAGAACUUCCUCCCCGCCGGCACCUCGCAAGACGCCAUCGACGAAGCCAAGCGGAUGUACACCAUGGCCAACACCAAGUGUCCCAACGCCAAGGUCGUGACGGGCGGGUACAGCCAGGGCACGGCAGUGGUGUCGAACGCGCUGACCCAGCUGGCGGGCGACAACAAGGCCGCGUUUGAUCAGGUCGUGGGCGCUGUCCUGUUUGGGUAUACUAAGAACCAGCAGAACGGAGGCGUGAUUCCGGGGUACCCGCCGGAGAGGACUAAGGUGUUCUGUAAUGAGAAUGAUGCGGUGUGCCAUGGUACGCUGUUUAUUCUGCCGGAUCACUUUUUGUAUUUUGAUGUGGCUUCGAAUGAGGGGCCGGCGUUUUUGGAGGAGCAGAUCAACAAGGCUUGA